AUAUACUGUACAUUAUGUAUAGACACAUCUCUGUUUUUUCUCCUAGAACUCAAUUCGACACAAUUUGUCCCUCAACAAAUGUUUCCGGAAAGUUCCUCGACCACAGAGCGAUCCUGGGAAGGGGUCAUACUGGACGAUGGAUGUACCACCUGACUCAACUCAACCCAGAGGAGUCAAACGUCCUUAUCCUAAAGAGGAGGAUGUAAGAGCUCCUUCUUCUGAGGCCCAAGUGCCUGUCAGUCAAGCAGAGCUCCUCCCACCUCAGCCAGACACCAAAAGCAUGUUCUCUCCCCCUCCUUGCAAGCAGCGUCCAAGCAUCCCGAUAGCUACAUCUUUUCCUUCAAACCCUCAUGCUGAUCCCCCUUUCCGAUUCUCCUUUGCUGAUUUGAACCUACCAGAUCUGUACAAUUCCUUCCAGUCCCUCUGUCGCUCUGUGAGACAGAGAGUCACCUCACAAUCGGAUGUUGCCAAUUUACUUGGACUUACACAUGACAGUACACCGCUCCACACGCCAACCCUGCCUCCUCUCUCCCCCUGCGCCUGUCCCUGUCCAAACCUUAAUAUUAACCAAUAUACCACCACCCCUGCUCUUAACCCAAACCUGAAUACCAAUGGCAACUUCAACCCAAAUACACCCAAUACUAACUUUAGUUUUAUCCACAACCUAAACCCAAGCCAGAACUCUAACAUUCAUCCAAACUCCAACACUGAGCCUGACAAGCUGCUACACAGUAAUGUUGUUCCUGCAGAUUGGUUCAGUAACGCUGACUCUUUGAGAGAGAGUUUCAGAAUUGCUAGCAGUCUGGACUGGGCUAACAUUGAUCUCACCAGUCACCCUGGUCAGUACUCAACCAUACACUGAGAUCUAUA